GUUGCUUCCCCUCCCAGCGUUUACAUAAAAGGGGUAGCGCCAAGUUGCUACCCGAGAACCAGAUCAAGGGAACCUUGUUGCAAUAGGCCAAACGCUUCUCUAUAGCAAGUUACUGCAUAUCUGACGGAAUCUAUACAUUUAGCUUGCACAGGCCCGCUGUGGCCUUUGUUAGCGAGGAGCGGGAGCCUCUGGCGCGACCAGUUGCCUCGGCGCAAAGUCAGCCAAAAUGCUGACGAAGUUUGAGACUAAGAGCAACCGUGUGAAGGGCCUGUCCUUCCACCCGAAGCGGCCAUGGGUGCUCGCUUCUCUGCACAGCGGUGUUGUCCAGCUGUGGGACUACCGGAUGGGAACGCUCAUCGAUCGCUUUGACGAACACGAUGGUCCUGUCCGCGGCGUGCACUUCCACAAGUCCCAGCCGCUGUUCGUGUCGGGUGGUGACGACUAUAAGAUAAAGAUCUGGAACUACAAGCUGCGUCGCUGUCUGUUCACGUUGCUGGGGCACCUGGACUACAUCCGCACUGUGCAGUUCCACCACGAGUACCCGUGGAUUGUCAGCGCCAGCGAUGACCAGACGAUUCGUAUCUGGAACUGGCAGUCGCGGACGUGCAUCUCGGUGCUCACCGGGCACAACCACUAUGUCAUGUGCGCCAUGUUCCACCCCAAGGAGGACCUGGUCGUGUCCGCCUCGCUGGACCAGACCGUGCGGGUGUGGGACAUCGGUGGCCUGCGCAAGAAGACCGUGGCGCCGGGUGGCGAGGACGUGCUGCGCAUGCCGCAGAUGAACGCCGACCUGUUCGGCGGCGGCGACGCGGUUGUGAAGUACGUGCUGGAGGGCCACGACCGCGGCGUGAACUGGGCGGCCUUCCACCCCACUCUGCCGCUCAUCGUGUCGGGCGCGGACGACCGCCAGGUCAAGCUGUGGCGCUACAACGAGAGCAAGGCCUGGGAGGUGGACACGCUGCGCGGCCACACCAACAAUGUGUCGUGCGUCAUGUUCCACGCGCGCCAGGACCUGAUCAUCUCCAACUCAGAGGACAAGAGCAUCCGCGUGUGGGACAUGUCAAAGCGCACCGGCGUGCAGACGUUCCGCCGCGAGCACGACCGCUUCUGGAUCCUGGCCAGCCACCCGGAGAUCAACCUGCUGGCGGCCGGCCACGACGGCGGCAUGAUCGUGUUCAAGCUGGAGCGCGAGCGCCCCGCCUGCGCCGUGCACGCCAACACGCUGUACUACGUCAAGGACCGCUACCUGCGCACCUACGACUUCGCCACGCAGCGCGACAACCCGCUCAUGUCCAUCCGCCGCGCCGGCAGCGCCGGCGCCAACCAGGGCCCCAAGACGCUGGCGUACAACCCCGCCGAGAACGCGCUGCUGAUCACCAGCGACGUGGACGGCGGCUCCUUUGAGCUGUACGCCAUCCCCAAGGAGGCUGCCCGCGGCGACACCGCGCCGGACGCCAAGCGCGGCCUGGGCACGUCGGCGGUGUUCAUCGCGCGCAACCGGUUUGCGGUGCUGGACAAGUCCACCAACAGCAUCCAGAUCCGCAACCUGCAGAACGAGAUCACCAAGAAGGUGCCCACGCCCUGCGCCACCACCGACGCCAUCUUCUACGCCGGCACCGGCAUGCUGCUGUGCCGCUCGGAGGACAAGGUGACGCUGUUCGACAUCCAGCAGCGCUCCUCCAUGGCCGACCUGGCCACGCCCUUCGUCAAGUACGUGGUGUGGAACAACGACAUGUCCAUGGUGGCGCUGCUGUCCAAGCACGCCAUCAUCAUCGCCGACAAGCGCCUGGGCGGCGCGCAGACGGUGCACGAGACCAUCCGCGUCAAGUCGGCGGCCUGGGACGACAGCGGCGUGCUGCUGUACACCACGCUCAACCACCUCAAGUACUGCCUGCCCAACGGCGACAGCGGCAUCAUCCGCACGCUGGACUCGCCGCUGUACGUGACGCGCGUGGCGGGCGGCAUCGUGCACGCGCUGGACCGCGAGGGCAAGAUCCGCACCAUCCAGGUGGACCCCACGGAGUACAUGUUCAAGCUGGCGCUGCUGCAGGGCCGCUACGACGCCGUGGUCAACAUCGUGCGCAGCGGCGGCCUGUGCGGCACCGCCAUCAUCAGCUACCUGCAGCAGAAGGGCUUUCCUGAGGUGGCGUUGCACUUCGUCACCGACGAGCGCUCGCGCUUCAACCUGGCGGUGCAGUGCGGCAACAUCGAGGUGGCGCUGCAGGCAGCGCAGGCGCUGGACGACAAGGACACCUGGUACCGCCUGGGUGUGGAGGCGCUGCGCCAGGGCAACUACAGCAUCGUGGAGUUCUCCUACCAGAAGACCAAAAGCUACGAGCGCCUGUCGUUCCUGUACCUCAUCGCUGGCCACACGGACAAGCUGCGCAAGAUGCUCAAGAUCGCGGAGAUGCGCUCCGACGUCAUGGGCCGCUUCCACAACGCGCUCUACCUGGGCGACGUCAAGGAGCAGGUGCGCAUCAUGGAGGAGUCGGGCCAGCUGCCGCUGGCCUACGUGGCCGCCGCCACGCACGGCCUGGCGGAGGACGCGGAGCGCAUCGGCUCCAAGCUCUCCUGCGAGGCGCCCGAGGCGGGCACGCCCGGCGGCUCCUUCCUGAUGCAGCCGCCGCAGCCCAUCCUGCGCGAGGAGAACUGGCCGCUGCUGACCGUCUCCAAGGGCUUCUUCGAGACGCUGGCGGCCAAGGGCGCGGCGUCCGCCGCCGCUGCCGCGGGUGUGGCGGGUGCCGUUCCCGGCGCUGCCGCCAAGGGCCGCGCAGCGGCUGCGGCCGCGGCCGCCAUGGACAUUGACGAGAGCGCGCUGGAGGGCGCUGGCUGGGGCGCCGACGAGCUGGACCUGGGCGGCGGCGAGGCCGGCGAGGAAGCGGACAUCCUGGAGGGCAUGGGCGGCGAGGGCGGCAGCGAGGGCUGGGAGAUGGAGGACCUGGACCUGCCCGCAGACGUGGUGGCGGAGGCGGCGGCUGCCGCCGCGGGCGGCGCCGCCGCGGCCUUCAUCGCGCCUGCGCCUGGCGUGCCCGCCAGCCAGCGCUGGCUGGACAAGCGCACGCAGCUGGCGGCGGAGCACGCGGCGGCGGGCAGCUGGGCCACGGCCAUGUCGCUGAUGCACCGGCAGCUGGGCGCGGCGGACUUCGAGCCGCUCAAGCCCUACUUCAUGGACCUGUACAGCGCCGCCUUUGGCGUGCUGCCCGGCCUCAACGGCGUGCCCUCCGUCAUGGCGCACCUGGACCGCACCUGGAGCGGCGACGUGUCCACGCAGCCGCCCACCAACCCCACGCUGCUGUACACGCUGACGGGGCUGGAGGACUCGCUCAAGGCCGCGUACAAGCUGGUGACCGAGGGCAAGUUCAGCGACGCGCUGCGCGCCUUCACGCGCAUGAUCCACGUCAUCCCGCUCACGGUGGUGGAGAGCCGCAAGGAGGUGGACGACGUGAAGGAGCUGCUCGCCAUCUGCCGCGAGUACCACACCGCGCUGCGGUGUGAGCUGAAGCGCAAGGAGCUGCGCGACGAGGACAUGGCGCGCAACGCCGAGCUGGCGGCCUACUUCACGCACUGCCGCCUGCAGCCGGUGCACCUGGCGCUGUCGCUGCGCUCCGCUAUGACCAUCUUCUUCAAGCUCAAGAACUUCGCCACCUGCGCCACCUUCUGCCGCAGGCUGCUGGAGCUCAACGCGGGCGCCAAGAUCGCGGAGCAGGCGCGCACGGUGCUGGCGGCGUGCGAGAAGAACCCGGUGGACGCGGUCAAGGUCAACUACGACCCGCGCAACCCCUUCGACCUGUGCGCCAUCACCUUCACGCCGAUCUACAAGGGCUCCAAGUACGCAGAGGACCCCUACACCGGCGCCCGCUUCACGCCCGACUGCAAGGGCCAGAUCUCGCCGCUGGGCGACUUCGUGCGCAUUGGCGCCGACGCCUCGGGCCUGCUAAUCUGCCCCUCGCAGCAGACGCGGUAAGAAAGAGCGUGCGGCUGGCGCCGCCCUCCGUGGGUGUGCGGCCAUUCGUGGUGUGGAGUGUGCCGGCGGCAGGUUUGAAGCCACGGCAGGACAGGGACUGUACAUGAGGACUCUUGACUGUGUGGAGGCACCGGUGGAGCUCGGCGUUGAAGGUGGCAGUGGACGUUAUGCGCGGGGCGCGAAUGGAUGCCGUGUAUCAGGCUAGGCAGGCAUUAGGUAGGUUAGGUAAAAGCACAUAUGGGCGAGGGUUGAAUGCAUGUCUUGGGUGGGGAGUAGAAUAGAUGGGUAGGCCAGAGGGUUUUAGGUGAUGCAUUAUUCACGUGUACGGACCAAGUCACUGCAGGUGGAUCAGGAGGUCAUGGAUGCGUAAGAACGAGCGGUGUGCGUGCCAACGGCGCGCUCCCCUGGUGCGUAGCGAUGUAAGCACGAUGUUGGGCGCGGUGCUACAUUUCGCGGUAUGAAGCACUUGGGUUCCAGCUGUCAGGCAGCACAGUCAAAGCCAGGGGGGUACGGCAGGCAGUAUGGGAGCACACGGGUCACGGGGUCGUGGCGGAAGCAUUAUUAUCGAAGAUGCUUAAGACUAACAAUGCGAAGACGAGGAAGCCAGCAUUGGUGGUAUAUCACCCAGCGGCGCCAAGCAAUAGGGGCUUCUCCUGAUGAUCAGCAGACCCAGAUCAGGCGCAGAGUCGGAACACUCAGCAUCUGGCGUGAUGGCGAGUCCUAAUUUGACACUCCCGGCUGCGCAAGAGGUGACAGGGACCCACUGAGCCAGGCUGGGCCCAUCAGGAUGAUGAUCCAAUUGUGCCUGCUUGUCAGACCCCUACCCACGAUUGGUACGAACUCACAAGCGACGCCAUGUGUCAAGCUGGAAGCGCUUGUGUCAAGUCGGUCCCGAGCACACUCUACCGUAAUGUGUAACUGAAUGAAAGC